CCGACAACAUCAUCUCGAAACCGACUCCUAUUUCCGACCGCAACACACGUCGAAAUGGGUGACGCCGAUAUCUCAACGAGCAAGUGGAGACUGGUCGAGGUCGGCCGCGUCGUGCUCUUCGGUUCAGGCCCGUAUGAGGGACGGUUAGCGACCAUUGUCGAGAUCAUCGACCACAAGCGUGUGCUCGUUGAUGGACCCUCCAAGGACGCCACGGUUCCCCGACACGCCGCGAGCCUCUCUUCCCUAUCACUGACUCCAAUCGUCAUUCCCAAGCUCCCGCGCGCGACCGGUAAUGGAGUCGUCAGGAAGCUGUGGGAGUCAGAGAAGGUGGACGAACAGUUCGCGGAGAGCACCUGGGCAAAGAAGCGGGCUCAGUUCCAGAAGCGGAAACAGCUCAACGACUUUGAGAGAUUCAAGGUCAUGAAGUUGAGGAAGCAGGCACGAUUUGAGGUCCGCAAGACCCUCUCCAAGCGAGAAAAGGCCGAAAGCUCCAACCUCACCUUUGGCUGCGGUGCCCACCACCUUGCCUCCUCCACCACCCACGACAUCAUGGCAAACCCGCGCAUUGAAGAACUCCCAGACGAGCCUGAGAGCAAGGGCCCGCAGGUUGAGGAUGCGGAGUCUAGCUCCGACUCCGAGGUCGAGGCUGCUGGUGAGGCUGGCAUCCCCGCUGGUGCUUCCGUCGCCGUGCACUCCCGCAACGAGAAGAAGGCUCGCAAGGCGAUUGCCAAGCUUGGGUUGAAGCAUGUCGAGGGCAUUACUCGGGUUACGCUCCGACGACCGAAGAAUAUUCUCUUCGUGAUCAACCAGCCAGAUGUGUACAGGUCGCCCUCGAGCAACACUUGGAUCAUCUUCGGCGAAGCCAAGAUCGAAGACUUGAAUUCCCAGGCCCAAGCCUCCGCCGCCCAGCAACUCGCCAAUGCCAACGCUGAGGCCGCGCACGACCACUCCGGCCACGACCAUGACCAUGACCACGACCACAAGGCCGUCGAGGACAAGAAGGAGGAGGAGGAGGAGGAUGAUGACGGCGAGGAGGUGGACGACUCUGGGCUUGAGGCGAAGGACAUUGAGCUCGUCAUGCAGCAGGCGAGUGUGUCAAGGAAGAAGGCCGUCAAGGCACUCAAGGAGAAUGACAACGAUAUUGUCAAUUCUAUUAUGGCGCUCAGCAUAUAGGCCUGCCUGUGAGACCGGAUUGGCGUGACGGCUUCCUCUCGUUGUUUUGAGGCGUAGGAACUUAUCAAUCAUGUAUAAGAGGCUCUCAAAAAUGGAUCUUACAUGUCACU